UUACUGCAAGAGCUUGAAGAAAUCCGCAAGUGUGGAAUGAAAAACUUCCGUAAUAUCCAGGUUGAUGAAGCUAAUUUAUUGACCUGGCAAGGGCUUAUUGUUCCUGACAAUCCUCCAUAUGAUAAAGGAGCCUUCAGAAUCGAAAUCAACUUCCCAGCAGAAUAUCCAUUCAAACCUCCGAAGAUUACAUUUAAAACAAAGAUCUAUCACCCUAACAUCGAUGAAAAGGGGCAGGUUUGUCUGCCAGUAAUUAGUGCUGAAAACUGGAAGCCAGCAACCAAAACUGACCAAGUAAUCCAGUCCCUCAUAGCACUGGUGAAUGAUCCACAGCCCGAGCAUCCCCUUCGGGCUGACCUAGCUGAAGAAUACUCUAAGGACCGUAAAAAAUUCUGUAAGAACGCUGAAGAGUUUACAAAGAAAUAUGGUGAGAAGCGACCAGUGGACUAAAAUCUGACACAGUUGAUGUCAGCAACGUGUGAUAGAAGAUCGGAGCAGUGCAUUUGAGACACCCCGUAAAGCAGGACUCUAUGGAAAAUUGACAAGUGCCACCUUUCGGUGUUAACUUGUGGCUGUUACUAACUUUCUACAGUUUUCUUAAUCAAAAGUGGGCUAGGUAACCUGUAAAGAAAGGAUUAAAAAUUAAGAUGUUCUAGUUCUGCUUUCUUUGUUUAAAAAUCACUGCUUCAAUAUACUUUAAAGUAUGCUGUUUUCUUUUUCUUGUCAGAAUUUAUCAAAAAUAUCUUAGACUUAUAUUCUGCCCUUAAAUUGAAAAGGUUGUGGCUGUCACUUCUUAUUUUUCCUUGCAGUUCCCACUAUCUUGAGUUCAUUUAAUUCUUAUGUGAAUUUUAUCCCCCUCCCAAAACUGAUGUCUUAGAAAAAAUAACCCAGUUCUGGCAGAAAAUGAUUGUUUGGCAGUUUUGUUUACUUUUCUUUUAAAUGUUGCACUGUGCUUUGUGGGACUUGUUGCAAGUUCCCCUUAACUUCAGUUUGUAACAUAAUAAACAACAAGCAAACAAACCCCACAAAAACAAUCAGCGUAAUGUCCAGGUCUUAUGUAAAUCUGGCUGAUGUUACUACAAAAUGUUUAUUAAACGGGGAAACCCAA